AUGGUUCAACACGGUUCUUGCGAAUGUAGCAAAACGAAACUUGAUGUUUCUGCUGUACCUCCAACCAUGUCAGCCAUGCAAGAUGGACAAUGGACGGAACAUUACCCGAUUUCGGCUUUGAAUAAUUCAGCCCCCAUCGAAUUUAUUAUUCCUCCACAAACAGAAAAAUGGACUGAUUUGAAUCAGUCCUAUUUGUACAUCAAAUUCAAAGUGCUCAAGGCUGAUGGAACAGACCUGGAGGCUGGCACUGAAACUUCUGUGGUCAAUAACUUUUUCCACAGUAUGUUCAGUAGCAUUGAUCUAUAUCUGAACAAUAAACUGAUUUCGAGCAACUCACACACCUAUCCGUACAGAGUCUACAUUGAAAAUCUCCUGUCCUACAACAAAGAAUGUAAAGACACACAACUGCGGGCGUUUGAACUCUGGGAUAAAGAUACAGCUACUCAUAUGCAGGAUAAUACACGAGAUGGAAAUAAUGAUGGAUGGAAACGUCGCAGAACUCGUAUUGCCGAAAGCAAAUCCUGUGAACUCACUGGAAGAUUACAUCUGGAUUUAUUCCUACAAGAGAAAUAUCUCCCCAAUGGAAUUGAAAUACGCCCCAAGUUGAACAGAGCCUCCACCAACUUCUGUCUCAUGGGCACCGCCGAAGGAAAAGUUGAUAUCCAGCAAGUGAGAUUCAACGUGAGGACGGUUGAAUUGCUUCCUGUGGUGGCCAACGAUUUGAAUCAGGCCAUCAGUCAGCAUAACAUGAAGAUUCUGAUACGACGCACUGUAGUGAAAACAUUCACAAUCACCGAUGGACAGAGAUCUAAAAUUGAUGAUCACUUGUUUCUUGGACAACUUCCAAAAACGACUCAUCAUUGGUAUGGUGAGAAAUGCAGAUAUGAAUGGAGACCACCGUACCAAUCCGUUUGA